CUCCUCUUUGCACGCAGCUAUCUGUUAUACUCUGAAGUUUGUACAUUUCUUUAUUGGAGGGUAAAUGACACAGCAACUAUUUCUGUCGGCAGCUCCUCUGAUGGAUCGUUCCUCUUGAGGGUUUCCAGCCGACGGACAGUAUGGCUGAACAAUCCGUGCCAGAUAAUGAGCAGCCUUUAAUGCGACAAGGCAGCAAUGACUCCCUGCAACCUCUCAUGUCAUAUGAUGUAGAGCCUUUGAAGCGGCAAGGCAGCAAUGCCAUGGGACGACCUUUAAUGUCCGGUGAUGAGCAGCUUCUGAAGAAACAAGGCGGCAAUGACUCCAAAUAUGGUGUAAGGAUUGUGCUUUUGGGAAAAAGUGAAAAAGAAAAGAGAAGACUUUCAAACUUCAUCAUUGGUGAAAAGGCUAAUCCCCCCCCAAAAUCUCAUACCAAGCAAUGUGUGGUUACUCAUGGUGAGUGGGAAGGAAAUUCUGUGUCAGUAGCUUCAACCCCAAACAUAUUCAGUCUCUCUUUGGGAACAGUGAAAGAACAUUUAAAGGAAUAUAUGACUCGUUGUCCACCAGGACCGAAUGUUUUUCUGCUGUUGGUGAAACCAUCUACAUUCACAGAGAGGAAGACACAAAUAUUGAAGUCCAUUCUGAGUUUGUUUGGAUGCAAUGCCUUUAAACACUCAUUGGUCAUCAUGACACAUCAUGUGGUUCAAAGUCCCUGGGUAAAUCAGUUACUUGUGGAAUGUGAACAAAGACAGUACAGCAUGGUUGAAAAUAACCAUGGAUUGUUAAUGGAAAAGGUUUGGAACAUUGUGGGUCAUUGUAAAGUACUGUUCCUCACCUUCACUGAAGACAAACCAGCUUUAAACCUGGUUCUGUGUGGGAGGAGAGGAGCAGGGAAGACAUCAGCAGCCAAGGCCAUUUUAGGUCAGACAGAGUUUCCUUCAGUCUCCAUCUCAUCAGAGUGUGUUAAACAUCAGGGAGAGGUGUGUGGACGCCGGGUUUCCCUGGUGGAGCUUCCUGCUUUGUCUCGAAAACCUCACGAGGAAGUGAUGGAGGAAUCAUUCAGGUGUAUCUCCCUCUAUGAUCCUGAGGGCAUCCAUGCCUUCAUCCUGGUUCUACCUGUGGAUCCCCUCACCGAUGAAGACAAGGGAGAGUUAGAGACCAUCCAGAACACAUUCAGCUCUCGAGUCAACGACUUCACCUUGAUUCUGUUCACUGUGGAGACAGAUCCUACAGCUCCAGCUGUUGUUAACUUUCUAAAGGAGAACAAGGACAUCCAGGAGCUCUGUCAGAGUUUUGGAGGAAGAUACUUUGUUCUGAACAUCAAAGACCAGCAGCAGAUCCCAGAGCUGUUGGAUACUGUGGAAAGUAUGAAGAGAUGGGGUCUUUCAACAGAAACAUUUGCACAUGCUGAAAGAGAGAAAAACACACUACGGGCUGAACUUGACAACCAGAAACCAGAUAACAGCUGCGAUGAUGAGACGCAGAGCCCAGAGUGUCUCCGGAUUGUCCUGAUGGGGAAGACUGGCUGUGGAAAAAGCUCUUCAGGAAACACUAUUCUAGGAAGAAAGGAGUUCAGAGCGGAAUCAAACCAAACAUCAGUCACCAAACGUUGUCAGAAAGCAGAAAGCGUAGUGAACGGUCGUCCUGUUGUUGUGGUCGACACUCCCGGUCUGUUUGACACGACUAUGUCCCAUGAAGAGGUGAAUGAGGAGAUGGUGAAAUGCAUCAAUCUUCUGGCUCCAGGACCACAUGUCUUCCUGUUGGUCUUAGAAAUUGGCAGACUUACAGAAGAAGAGAAGGAGACAUUAAAACUUGUCAAGAGAGUCUUUGGGAGAAAUUCUGAAAAGUUUACCAUCAUUCUUUUCACCAGAGGAGAUUCACUGGAACACGAGGAGCAAUCCAUUGAUGAGUACAUCGAAGAGAAAUGUGACAAUUCCUUUAAGAAACUGAUUUCUGACUGUGGAGGAAGAUACCAUGUGCUUAAUAACUACGAUAAACAAAACCAUACGCAAGUCACUGAGCUGAUUUACAAGGUUGAGUACAUGGUGGAGAAAAAUGGAGGUGGAUGCUACACCAAUGACAUGCUAAAGGAGGCCGAAGCGGCAAUACAAAAGGCAUUAGCAAAGAUCCUGAAAAAGAUGGAGGAAACGAUGCAGAGAGAGCGAGAGGAACUGGAUUGGCAACACGCAGAAGAACUGAAAGAGAUGGAAAACAGAAUGGAAGAACAGAAAGAAAAAACUGAACAGGAGAGAGAAAAAAGGCUUGUACACCUCGAAGAAAUCAUUAAGAAGGAGCGUGAGAAGAGAAGGACACGGAGAGAAUUGUGGAAAGAAGAAGAUAGAAAAAAGUUAUUACAGGAACAAAAAGUACAAGAGGACUGGGAAGAAAGGCUUAAAGAUUUGCAGGAACAAAUUCAAACAUAUUCUGCAUCAGAUGAAGAAAAGACAACUGAGCUACAACAGAGCAGAGAAGAGAUGAGAGAGAAACAAAAUGCCUGUGAGUUGGAACGACAAGAAUAUUGGGAAAGACGCAACCAAGAAAAGGAGCAAAGACGAAAGCAGGAAAAAACAAGACUCAGUGAGCUCCAUACGGAAUAUGAGCAGGAAAUAGAAGAAUUUGAAAAUGGAAUGAAUGAGCUGGAUCAAGACUGGAGAGAACAGGAGGAAAGGGAAAGAAAUAAUUUAGAAGAAAGAUAUAAGAAAAAAAGGGACGAUAUAGAGAAGAAAUAUGGAGAAGAGGCCAGAAAGCAAGCAGAAGAACACAAUGAAUUUAGGGAAAAAUACACCAAAAACUUUGCUGGUCUGCUGGAGGAGCACACAGAAGAGAUGGAGGUGCUGAAGCAAGAGCACAGCAGCGAGUUUCAACGGUUUCACUAUCUCUCAAAACACAAAGUAACAAAGCUCAAAGAAGAACUCAAAGAAAUGGAGUCAGCACAUGAGCAAGAAAUACAGGACUUGAAAGAGAAAUACAAGAACAAAUGCAUCAUCGUAUAAAAAUCAGAGUUAUAAGUAUGCCUUUACACUUGCUGUUGUAAGGAGUGUAAAUAGAUGCAAUGGCCUCUUUUUAUACCGUGAUUUGGGAUGUUAUCGAAAGUUAUACAUUCAGAAAUAUUGAAUCCUAAUGCAGAAUCCUAAUCAUCAUCGGACCAACAUCCUGUACCGACACCACCAAGAACUCCCAUCACAUCCGCAACCUUGGAGUCACUUUUAAAAAGCCAGCUCAAACUCCAUCAACACAAAAACCACAUCACCAGGACAGCUGUCUUCCAUCCAACAUUAACCAUCACUGAAAAAACCCUCGUCCACAUCCACGCAUUCAUCACUCUGAAAAACCUGAAACGUUGACUUUAAUUAAUUGUAUUAUGUUAAAAAAUGUCACAUAACUGUAAACGUUACUUUGAAAGCAAUAAUAUUAAGUUGAAAUUUAUAUUUAAUUUAAACUUAAUGUUAUUGCUUUCAGCUAACCUAAUACAGUUAUGUGAAAUCUGUUGACCUAACACAUUUUAUUAAAGUCAACCUGUCAGGUUUUUCAGUUCACUUCAAGACUGGACUAUUGUAACAGCAUCCUGUAUCGCUCACCAUCCAACAUCCUCAAUAAACUUCAAUACAUCCAGAACUCAGCACCCGCCUCCUUCUCCACACCCACAACCCCUUGCUAAAUACAUUAUGUCAACAGAUUUCACAUAACUGUAUUUGGUUGGUUGAAAGCAAUAAUAUUAAGUUCAAAAUGAUAUAUUUUAUUGGAACUUAUUAUUGUUGUUUACAACCAACCUUAUCCAGUUAUGUGAAAUCAAAUACAUUUAAUUAAAGCCAAUGAUGCUCCACCUUCACACCCCUUCCCGCUGUCUUUGUUUAUCGGGAGCAAAUCUGCCCCCUCCCUUUUGAAGUUACUCCCACAACUCAUCAGAAACUGUUCCGACCUCCCCACCUUCAAAACACUGACCAAAACAGACAUUUUUUAUCUGGCUUUAAAUGGGUGAUUAAUGUUGUGUUCAAUGUUGUUUUAUAAGCACGGUUUUAAUUAGACUUUUAUUGUAUUUAUUUUACCUGUAAAAGCGCUUGAUAAAAUAAAUGUAUUAUUGUUUUUAUUGUUAACUUUGAAAUACUAGGAGUUUGUACCUUCCACUCAAGUCAUUUAUGUCUGUGUUUGACUUUAAUGUAUGUUGUCACUUCAGUAGCUGUUAUUUGAUAAUAACCACUAUGUGAACUGAGCAAACCCCAGCUGAUGAUGAGGGCGAUGAGAUGUGGCUGAAAAGAGAAUCUGCAAGCGGACCUUCAGUUGUAUAUUAUUAUUUUUGUAUGUAUAUUUCUUUCAAAUGCUUUCAGAUAUUGAUUGUAAAUCAUUUUAAUUGCUGUAAAAUAUACAAGUUUGUAUAAGGUUUAAAGGUGCAGAGAGUAAACCUGUGAGCCUAUAAUGUUUUUCCUGCUGGCGUGAAGAGUGAACGUUGGGAAUAAUGUAACCUGCUUGAUAUGAAAUCUAUUUUUAAGAAAUGUUUGUAUUGCAGGUAAGAGGCUGUCAGUAUUUCAUGCAUAGAGAAAAAGGCCAAUGACCCGCCCUUUGUCCUUCAAACUGUUCACAGGUAAUGUUUCAGUACUAUUUGUCAGUUGUCUGUCUGUCAGCAGACAUAACACUUAGUGGCAGGGUGAAGCAUGGGCCAAUCAGGAAUUAUAACACAUGGAGCAGAUCUGAACUAUGGGACGGAUAGACACAUUUAUUUUGUUAACAUUGCAAGAGAGGACAUGAAGCAGUGGAAGCAGUGGUGGGAACUAAGUACUUUUACUCAAUUACUGUACUCAAGUACAAUUUUGAGAUGAACCUUAGAGUAUUUCAAGUUUUUGCUACUCUGUACUUCUACUACACUACAAUUCAGAGGUAAAUGGUGUACUUUUACUCCACUACAUUUAUUUAGUAGCUUUACAGAUCUGGAUUAAUGAUGGUAAAUAUGAUCAGCCCUUAAAUCAGACUGUAGUUCACCUGCAGUAAAUUCAGCAGCUACCCUGCAGUAUACAAAGCCAUUCAAACUAGCUGCACCUUUACCAGCUCUGAGAACACUUUAAUGAUCAAUAAUUAUAAAACAUAUCAGAGAUAUUAUUCUGAAAUGGACCAAUCAAACAAUGACUACUUUUACUGUCGCUACUUUAAGUACAUUUAGAGGAGAAUACGUGUGGUGGAAACUUCUGAUUCAAUGGAGGUGAAACUCAGAGAGACACGGAAGAGCAGGAACUUGAUGGCAAAACAGUAAUGGAUUUAUUCAGAGUUACGGCCGGCGAAUUGACAAGACAUUUACUGUAGACACGAGUUGCCACAGCGGUUGCCAAACCAAUUAUGAAGAUCUCGAAAACAGGAAGAGGUUUUAACUAAUUCCAAAUGGGUAAUCAACAUAUGCCAAGCAGCAGACUAAACAAGCUCGGACAAUAAGUUUAACUUAAACUGUCAUCUAUGUCACAGAUAAGGUGUUUACCGGAGCAUAGUGGGCCAGAUAAACUGACGCUAGCUGUCCCUAAACAAUAAAGCCAAUCUUAGGUCAGCUUGAGCUUGUACCGCCUGUGGGAACAACAAGGCUUCGGAAGCCCAGGCUGCCCCUCCUUAAAGAAGAUAACAGCACCUGCAAGGCAGAAAAACUAUGCCAUGGCAAUAAAGACAGAGGAAGGAGAAAAUUAUGAACGAGGUCAAAGGUUAAACACCCAAGCAAAAAUAUUCCCUAACAAUACGUUUCUACUUUUACUUGAGGAACAUCUGAAUGCAGGACUUUUACUGUACCAGAGUAUUCCUACACUCUGGUACUUCUACUUUUACUCAAGCACCAGAUCUGAGUACUUCUCCCACCUCUGGGUGGAACUCUGUGCUCUCUGAGUGCACUGCUAGCUUUGAUGUGUUUAGCUGUCAUGGGUAAAGCUGGGGGAAAUAUUGCAGUAGGCAUUAUUGUUGAUAAAUGUUCAU